GCUUCAAAACACAGCGAAAAUGUUUUCUUAUAUAUCCAAACGGUCGCUGAAUCCUACACUCAUCGGCAAGCUCUUUAAAACCCCGCCGCACCGUCGUCUAACAAAAAAUGUUGGAAUACCAUGCACUGCCAAUCCAAUCCAUGCGAACUCUAAAUACACUUUUGAAACGAUAGAACGCUCCUUUUCCACCUUGGACAUUGAAUCUGCGCCAAGCACUGCUAAAUUGACGAUGUCAGAGGAGGAGAUUCGUGGACUAAUGUCAGUAUUUCCAGAUAUUGUGCAAGACCUUGUGGAAACAACUCGAAGAUAUGAAGCACACGAUCUUGCCGAAUGGUACAAAAAAGCUCUGGAGUAUAAUUUACCGCUAACAAAUAAGAAAAAUGGUCUAAUCACAGUUUUAGCAUACAAGAGCUACGUGAAAGGCGAAGAACUUACACCAGAAAAGUUAAAAUUAGCACGAAUUCUUGCCUGGUGCGUUGAACUGUCACAUUGCGUUCUCUUCCUAACCGAUGAUAUGACGGAUAAAAGCACUACACGUCGUGGCCGCACUUGUUGGUAUAAACUGGAUGGUGUUGGUGUCAAUGCCGUAAAUGAUGCACUACUCUUUGAGAAUGGCAUUUUUGAACUGCUUCGAAAACAUUUUCGUCAUUUGGAUUGCUAUACGGAUUUGUUCGAAGUUUACUUUGAAUGCAUGUUUAUGAAUAUAUCCGGACAAGCGACGGAUGGCAUUAUUAGUAGAAGACCCGUGAGCACUUUUGAUAUGGAUGUGUGUUUUUCGAUAAUAAGAAAUAAAUCAUCGAGCAAUUUUUUCUACUUACCCGCGGCAGUGGGAUUGCUUUUGGCGGGUGUCAAGGACCACAAAAUAUUUGAUGAAUGUAAAGCUAUAACUUUUGAAUUGGGAGAAUACGCACAAAUACUUAAUGAUUACCUCGACUCCUUUGGCAAUCCGGAUUUCACCGGCAAAAUCGGCACAGACAUACAGGCCAAUAAGUGCUCUUGGUUGGUUGUAAAAUGUUUGGAAUUAGCAACGCCAGAGCAGCGGGCUAUUAUGGAGGAAUGCUAUGGGCAAGAGGAUCCACAGAAAAUUGCACGCGUUCGUGCACUCUACGAAGAAAUGGGUAUGCCGCGGGUAUUUGCCGAAUUCGAAGAGGAGAAAUAUAAAACAAUCAAGAGGAAAAUUGAUCAAACAUCAGUUCCAGAACUGUACGAUGUGUUUAUGGAAAUCCUUAAUCAUGUCUCUAAGAGAGGAGUUAAAUAA